AUGAACACGCUCGGCAAUGCUCACAACGCCAUUGCCGACUUUGUGGUGUCAUCGAGACGUUCGAGCUCACAACGCCAUUGCCGACUGUGUGGUGUCAUCAAGACGUUCGGAAAUGCUCACAACGCCAUUGCCGACUGUGUGGUGUCAUCGAGACGUUCGGAAAUGCUCACAACGCCAUUGCCGACUGUGUGGUGUCAUCGAGACGUUCGGAAAUGCUCACAACGCCAUUGCCGACUGUGUGGUGUCAUCGAGACGUUCGGAAAUGCUCACAACGCCAUUGCCGACUGUGUGGUGUCAUCGAGACGUUCGGAAAUGCUCACAACGCCAUUGCCGACUGUGUGGUGUCAUCGAGACGUUCGGAAAUGCUCACAACGCCAUUGCCGACUGUGUGGUGUCAUCGAGACGUUCGGAAAUGCUCACAACGCCAUUGCCGACUGUGUGGUGUCAUCGAGACGUUCGGAAAUGCUCACAACGCCAUUGCCGACUGUGUGGUGUCAUCGAGACGUUCGGAAAUGCUCACAACGCCAUUGCCGACUGUGUAGCGUCAUGAACACGCUCGGCAAUGCUCACAACGCCAUUGCCGACUGUGUGGUGUCAUCGAGACGUUCGGAAAUGCUCACAACGCCAUUGCCGACUGUGUGGUGUCAUCGAGACGUUCGGAAAUGCUCACAACGCCAUUGCCGACUGUGUGGUGUCAUCGAGACGUUCGGAAAUGCUCACAACGCCAUUGCCGACUGUGUGGUAUCAUCAAGACGUUCGGAAAUGCUCACAACGCCAUUGCCGACUGUGUGGUGUCAUCAAGACUUUCGGAAAUGCUCACAACGCCAUUGCCGACUGUGUGGUGUCAUCGAGACGUUCGGAAAUGCUCACAACGCCAUUGCCGACUGUGUAGCGUCA